GUUUUAUUGUGGGAAUAUGCAUUGUCUUGCCCAUCUCAACUCCUUUUGUUUACCUUUGUGUGUUUGUGCGCGUGACUGUGUGUGUGUCAUUGGGAGCCCAUGGACAUGCAAGAGUUACUGCUGUCAGUCAACAGACAGCGGGAUAGAAGGAAGGAUGUAGAGAGAGAUUAAAUGCGAGAGAGGCAGGGGGCAGAGAGAGAGAGAGAGAGGGAGAUAGAGGGAGAGACGCAGAGGAUUUUAAUUUAUCUGAAUCACUGACGUGCUCCAUGGCUGGUCGUUUUAUUAUUGAAGCUUUCGGUCACUAACAGAACGAUGGAGAAAAGGAACGAGAAGUUUUUCUCCAGGAAAAGAAGUUUCACAUUUGGAGCCUAUGGAGGGUGAGCUCACUACCAAGAGAAAUGAAAUUUUAAUUUAACUUCGAAAUAAUAUGAAUACAAGAUGUCAAUUAAUCAUAAAUGUAAUUGCUGGUGCGGACUUAUUCAACAUGACAAGCUUUUCUGUCUGCAGGAUUGACAAGUUCAUCAGUGGCAAUGAGAGCAGUCGGCCAGAGUCCCUAGGACACAGCAUUCUGGACAUUCUGGACUCUCCAUCCAAUGAGACCAAACCUUUUGUUCCUACCAAUUCCAACCAGAAGGUGACGGAGCUGUUUGAGAUCAUUGAAAAGCUGCAGGGCAGCAGAUUAGAUGAACAACGCUGCGAGUUCCCUCCACCUUUUAAGUCUCGGCUGCUGAAGAUCGGUGAUGGCUUACCCCUCAUCUUAUCUCCUAAAUCUGGGGGUUACUGGAUUGACCCCCCACUGGACAGACGUGUGGACACGAGUCCCACAUCAUCACAGGUUGUGUUAGGCCUGGAGAGUUACGACAUCAUGGAGAGAGACAGUGAGGCCAAGAUCUACCAGGAGUUCUUCCGACACAGGUACCAUCAGUCGUUCACUGCUGUGGACCCUUCGCUGGGGCCACUGGUUCUGUCCAUCUGUCUGGAGGAAGAGGAGAACAGACUGAGGGUGAUUCUGAGGAUGAACGAGUGCUCUCUGCAUGGGACGUUUUCUGUCUCUCUCUUCCAGCAGCUCCCCACAGCCGUGGAGCUUGCAAAGAUGUUGUGUGCCAGUGUGAACGUGUCCAGCUUUGAAGUGGUCAGCUACCUAAAGGCUCCAGAGCUUAUAACAGCAUUUGAUGAACACAGAGUGUCUCAGAACUUUAAGUUUGGUGUCUUAUAUCAGAAGGAAGGGCAGUUGACGGAGGAGGACAUUCUCAGUAAUAAUGAAGAGAGUGAAGAGUUUAAGGACUUUCUCUCCAUACUGGGCCAAACAGUCAAACUGCGUGGAUUCACCGGAUUCAGAGGCGGACUGGACGUGUCUCAUGGUCAAACAGGAAGUGAAGCUGUGUUCACUUCUUUCCAUGGGAGAGAGAUCAUGUUCCAUGUCGCCACCAAACUGCCCUUCACAGACGGAGAUACGCAGCAGCUUCAGAGGAAGAGACAUAUUGGCAAUGAUAUUGUCGCUGUGGUUUAUCAGGAGGGCCACACCCCUUUCAUCUGUGAUGUCAUCACUUCCCACUUCCUACACUGCUUCAUCGCUGUGAGGAGGGUGAAGAAGGAGAAUGGGACAGAUGGGGGGGACGGGGGUGCAUUUCAGGUGUCUGUCACUGCCAGGGAGGACGUGCCCCCGUUUGGCCCACCCCUUCCCAAUCCUCCAAUUUUUACAGAGGGCUCUGUGUUUCGGGAGUUUCUCUUGACCAAACUCAUCAAUGCUGAGAUUUCCUGCUACAAAGCUGAACGGUUCAGUAAGCUAGAGUUGCGCACACGUUCCUCACUCUUGGAGGCGCUGCGCUCGGAACUGUCAUCCCGCUCCCAGUGCAUGCUGAGAGAGCCAGUGCACAUGAGUGUCCCCCCGAAUGCCCCUCCAAGUGAAGUGGGAAGGGCGGCUCCAGAGGGAGGAGGAGGUUUCAUUGAAAACUUUAAGAGAGCCAUCAGGGUGCGCAGUCACUCUUUUGACACGUUGGGAGGUACAAAGAAGACAGGAGGGACAGGAACCCAAAAGCAAAGGGAUGGAGAAGGAGAGUCAGGUCACAGGACACCUGGCCCUGGCCCUCUGACCACCGAUAACCUGGCCUACACAGAGGUCAAAGGUCAUACAAGUCCUCAAGAAGACAUGUAGCGAACUGCCUGCUGACUCCAGUGCUCCAACCAUAAAGAUCCUCCUUUUCUGACUUGAGACAAGACAUGGAAGACUCACCAGCGAGGGAACUGGAAGAUGUCCCAGCAUGUCUGUGUAGAACAGUCAGUGUCAUAGAGACGCCCGUGGGUUGUAGCUUUAGCUGUUUUAAACUCAGUACAAAAUGAUAUGGUAUUGUGAGCUCAAACUUUGGAUAGCCAGCACCAGCAUAGUAGGGCACCAAGUCCCGUCCCGAGAGACUUUAGAGCCAAACCUAACUGAAUUCAGGCUCCAUCGUGAUGCCCAUGUGCCGUGCCCUCUUUUAAAUCCUGUUACUGGAGGUUUGAUAGUUUGGUGGCAAUGCUUGAGUUGCUAAAAUGAACUACAAUCAGUGGACAGAUGUACUAUGAAUUCAAAAGUAUCCACAAAUCCCUUCUAAACAGUGAAUUCAGCUACUUCAGGGUGCACCCAUUACCGACACAGCUGUUGCGCACACACAGCUUGCAUAAUCUCCAUAGAAAAGCACUGCUAAUAGAAUUGGAUGUUCUGGAGCAGCCACAGCCAAGUCUGUGGUAACCAAGCCCAGCUCAAAGGGCCAGCUAGAGGGAUACAAAGCCCCCAGCAUUGGUCUGGAACAGAGGAACUGCAUUUUCAGGAGUGAUGGAGCACCAACCAGUAUCUUUGGGAUGAAUUGGAGUGCCAUUUGUGAUCCAGAACUGA